GAAAGCUUGAUUAUCCCUCCCGAAACCACGGCGACGCAGCCUAGUUCAUUGCGUACCGUUUGCAACCUAAACGCCACAUGUCGUGAAAGCAUCGACCUGGAGUCAAAAGUCUUCUCCCUAUUCAGUUUUCCCCCCCCUUUCCUGUUCUUUUACCGCACUAGUGCCGGCGGCGGGGAGAUCUUCGACCAGUGUGUCGCCGACAAUGACGACGCCUUCACAGAGAAAGACGUCAUCCGGUUGGCCCGACAGAUUCUGAUGGGGGUGGCUUUCCUGCAUUGCAACAAUGUCGUGCAUCUCGAUCUGAAGCCACAGAACAUCCUGCUGACCAGCGCGAGGCCCCUGGGUGACAUCCGCAUCGUGGAUUUCGGCCUGUCCAGACACAUGGACAGCAUCAGCGAGGUCCGGGAGAUUCUGGGUACUCCGGAGUAUGUCGCACCAGAGAUUCUGAGCUAUGAACCCAUCAGCACUGCUACGGACAUGUGGAGCAUCGGGGUACUGACCUACGUGAUGCUGACCGGCGAGUCGCCCUUCCUGGGCGAUGACAAGCAGGAGACGUUCCUCAACAUCUCACAAGUCAGCGUCGAGUACUCGCACGAUACCUUCCAGGACAUCUCGCCACUGGCCGUCGAUUUCAUCAAGUCGCUGUUGGUGAAAAACCCCAGGUGAGGUUGACGGAGACAUACGUAGACAUUCAGGAUGUGAGUCAGGCCGGAAACGCGUGCGAAAUGAGCGCAUGAGGCGCAAAUCGGUUUCCUCUUGCACAAGUUCUGACUUUAUUUUGUCGCAUUUUUGUCGCGGUUGCUUUAAAGCGGAUGCGUGACUCAUUUUUGAUGAAUAUUGUAUAGAUGUAUCCUUUUUUUCCCCCUCAAAAUAUAUUGCGCA